ACACGCUCAUGAAAACAUGGAGCAGUACAAUAUUCUGGGUCGGACAGGAGAAGGAGCUCAUGGCAUAGUCUUCAAGGCCAAACAUAUUGAGACAGGGGAGACGGUGGCUCUGAAGAAAGUGGCUCUGAGGAGGCUGGAAGACGGCAUUCCGAACCAGGCUCUGAGGGAGAUUAAAGCACUGCAGGAGAUCAAGGACAACGAGCAUGUGGUGAAGCUGAAGGACGUCUUUCCUCACGGCACGGGCUUCGUCCUGGUGUUCGACUUCAUGCUGUCUGACCUCUCUGAGGUCAUCAGGAAUUCCCAGCGCCCUCUGACCCCUGCGCAGGUCAAAAGUUACAUGAUGAUGCUGCUGAAGGGCGUGGCUUUCCUGCAUCACAACAAUGUCAUGCACCGGGAUCUGAAACCAGCAAACCUGCUCAUCAGCUCCUCAGGCCACCUGAAGAUUGCAGACUUUGGUCUGGCCCGGCUAUUCAGCGAGCAGGGAGAGAGGCUGUACAGCCACCAGGUGGCCACCAGAUGGUACAGAGCCCCCGAGCUGCUGUACGGAGCCCGAAAGUACGACGAGGGAGUCGACCUGUGGGCAGUCGGCUGUAUUUUUGGGGAGCUGUUGAACUCGUCUCCUCUGUUUCCUGGAGAGAACGACAUCGAGCAGCUCUGCUGUGUCCUCAGAGUGCUGGGAACCCCGACUCAGGACAGCUGGCCU